AUGAAAAGAAAAAAGAAACGAGGAGGCACCCAAAGCCCACGCGGCGUCGACUCGGGCGGUCGCGCACCCGCCCAACCUUCCUUUUUUCUUCCCCAUUAUGCCCCCACCCACCCACCACCACAAUCUCCCCAGAUNUCCCUCAGCCGCGGCAACCUCCGCGCCAACCACUGGCAGGACGUCGCCGCCGACGUCGCCGCCCUCUGCCCCGUCUCCCCACCGAAGACCCCCGUCCAGUGCCGCCACAAGAUGGAGAAGCUUCGCAAGCGCUACCGCGGCGAGAUCCAGCGCGCCGCCGCCCACGGCGGCCUCCGACGCCACUCCUCCUCCUGGGCCCACUUCCAGCAGAUGCACGCCAUGGAGCGUGGCCCAAAUCCCUCUCCCCCUUCCUCCUCCUCCUCCCCUUCCUCCCCCUCAUCAGACGACCGCAAUAACAGAAGCAGCGUCAAGCGAAUCAACGAUCUCUACACCCGCCCCAGAUCCAAUCGGGGAACUCCGGGAGCCGGCAAUGGGUCCGCCAGCGUCCGGAUCAAGAUCCCGGGCCGGGUCAACCCGGGACCCUCCUCAGCCCCAAACCCUAGGUUUACCAAUUUCAUCCCCAGCGGCAUCAAUGGUCCCAGUUCUAGUAAGCUCCCAAAUACCAGAAAAAGAACAGGUGAAACUCCAAAUAUGGAUUCCGGUGGGGAGUCGAGUGUGGGCCAGCUAGCUGCCGCCAUUCGCACGUUGGGCGAAGGGUUUAUGAGAAUAGAGAAGGUGAAGAUGGACAUGGCCCGACAGGUGGAGGAGAUGAGGAUGGAGAUGGAGAUGAAGAGGACUGAGAUGAUACUCGAGUCGGAGCAGAGGAUUCUCGAGGCCUUUGCUAAGGCCAUAGCCGAGAAGGGCUCGAAAAGGGCGAAAAGAAAUUUGCCCGAGAACUAA